UCUCUUCCCUCUCUUCUCUCUUUUACUUCCCCUCUGUCUCAAGUAUCGAAAGAUGAAAAUGUCUUCUGCGAUUCCGAGAUCUUCUUCUUUCUCGGUUGCCAUCUUAGUUGUUUUGUCAUGUUUCUGUUUGGCGAAUUCGCAGAAGGUGUUGCAGAGUGGGAAAUGGAGAAAAGAGGAGAAGAGUUGCAAUGUGUAUGAAGGGAGAUGGGUGUACGACGAGUCGUAUCCGCUCUACAAUUCAUCAGACUGCCCGCACAUUCGACGGGAAUUCGAUUGCCAGAAGUAUGGCCGCCCCGACCAUCUCUACCUUAACUACAGAUGGCAGCCCCAUGACUGUGACUUGCCGAGGUUUGAUGCUGAAGAUUUUCUACAAAGAUUUGAAGGCAAGAAAAUUAUGUUCGUGGGUGACUCAGUAAGCCUUAAUCAAAUGCAGUCGCUGUUAUGCUUACUUCAAACCUCUGUUCCACACGCCAAUACUAUCAGUCAGACCAAUGACUCGAUCUCCACUGUGUUCUUCCAGGACUAUGAUGUUUCGGUGAUGCUGUUUCACUCAGCAUACUUGGUGGACAUAGAAGUGGAGAAAAUUGGUCGAGUUCUGAAACUUGAUUCCAUCAAGAAUGGCAAUGUAUGGAAGAAUGUUGAUGUUUUGGUUUUCAACUCCUGGCUUUGGUGGUACCGCAGAGCUGGACAACCAUGGGAUUAUAUUCAAUCUGGUGACAGUAUUCUGAAGGACAUGGAUCGUAUGGAUGCUUUUCAAGAAGCUUUAACAACUUGGGCCAAAUGGGUUGAUUCAGAUGUAGAUCCCACAAAAACUAGAGUCAUUUUUCAAGGAAUCUCACCUUCUCACUACAAAGGUGAGGACUGGAAUGAAACAGCAGCGAAAAACUGCUCAAUGGAGAAGCAACCUGUAAUGGGAACAACUUAUCCGAGUGGCUUGCCUGCAGCAUCAUACGUAUUACAGGAAGUGUUAAGCAGUAUCAAGAAACCAGUUCAUCUCCUUAACAUAACCACUCUCUCACAGCUGAGAAAAGAUGCACAUCCUAGCUCUUAUAACGCCUUCAAGGGCAUGGAUUGUACUCACUGGUGUAUUGCUGGCCUUCCAGACACAUGGAAUCAGCUUCUGUAUGCAGCUCUCAUCAGUUAGAAACUGAAGAUAAUAAAGAUAAUAAUACAUAGAAAAAUUGAUUACAGAGUAAAAUGUAGCUUGUCAGAGGGAAUCCAUUCUGUAUAACAAUUGAUUAUAGAGAUAAGCUCUCUUUGAAGCAAAGAUAAAAUAAAUAAAGAUAUAAAGAAAAAGAUAAUGAGUUUUGAUUUUCCA